UCGUUGCGCUCAGCAUCCCACGACGGCCUGAAAAGCAACGUACGGAUCAGACACGAGCGAUCACAUCAUGUAGGCUGCUGGUGUAGUCAUGAAACAGCUAAACUACUUCAGAUAAACGAAUAUAAUCGAAUCAAUUGUUUAUUUUGCUAAUAUUCUGAUCGGAGCGCGCCCAUCCCUCAAAAUGGCUGAGAUCACCGAAAUACGAGCAGCGUACGAUAUGUCUCCGGUUCUGGCCGGGUUCAUUGGUGCUGGCGUGUUGGUCGUUGCUGUCAUUGCUUUAAUCUUUUUGUGGAGUUGCUGUCAGAAACAUUACAACAGGACGAACUACAAGCUCCACGGCAUCCAAUCGGAACAUGGUGACCUUCUAACAGACCCUCCGUACAAGUUUAUUCACAUGCUGAAAGGAAUGAGCAUCUACCCCGACACGCUAACCAGCAACAACAGGAUCAUACGGUUGGCUCGGCAAGCCAGGCCUCACACCACUGACGGGGAUCCGAUCAGCAGUGGCCACCCGGCGGUGUUGGUAGAUAUGGAUUUAGGAGCAGAAGGCGGCCUGAUGGGAGAGAAAGAGAUGCAGAUGAGACUCGGGGAAGGUGCCAGUGAGGUUCCCAGGCUGGAGAGAGAACUUCCAGUGUCUGCCGAUUACUGCUGUCUGGAUAGCAGUUCUGCAAGCAGCAGUCAGACCUCCAGUACCACUGUUUCCAGUACAGCCACACCCUUUACCCCUAGUGAUGAGCCUAGGCGCGGGGAUCUUAGCAUUGCCGUCGACUAUAACUUCCCAAAGAAGGCCUUAGUGGUCACCAUCCUGGAGGCUCGGGGAUUACCGCCGGUGGAAGGCCAAUCGGGCAGCGCUGACCCUUAUGUAAAGAUGACAAUUCUACCGGAGAAGAAACAUCGAGUGAAGACCCGUGUGCUGAGGAAGACUCUGGAACCCGCGUUUGACGAGACCUUCACGUUUUAUGGCGUGCCGUACAGCUCACUGUCAGAUCUAACAUUGCACUUCCUGGUUCUGAGCUUUGACCGGUUCUCACGAGACGACGUGAUUGGAGAGGCGAUGAUCCCGCUGGCAGGAGUGGAUCCCAGUACGGGACGUGUUCAUAUCACUCAGCAGAUCACUAAGCGAAACAUGCAGUGUGAAAGUCGUGGAGAGCUUCUGGUCUCUCUUUCCUAUCAGCCCGUCUCUCACAGACUCAGUGUGGUGGUGUUAAAAGCAAAACAUCUUCCAAAAGUGGACAUCACUGGUCUGUCUGGCAAUCCCUACGUGAAGCUGAACGUCUUCUAUGGCCACAAGCGCAUCGCCAAGAAGAAAACGCAUGUGAAAAAGUGCACACUUAACCCUGUCUUCAACGAAUCCUUCAUCUACGAUGUACCGGCCGAUUUACUGCCAGACAUCUCCAUUGAGUUCCUGGUCAUGGACUUUGACCGCACCACUAAAAACCAGGCUCUGGGACGCCUGGUGCUCGGCACAAACAGCCCCUGUCCCUCUGGCGCCGCCCACUGGCAGGAGGUCUGCCAGAAUCCACGACGCCAAAUCUCAAAGUGGCACACCCUCAUCGAAUAUUAGAGCUUCAGUGCACUCUCUCUCUCUCUAUACACGCUCAGACACAGGCACACAGAAAACAUGAUUUAAUAACAGGAUGCCUUUGUUGCCAACUUUAAGGAGAAGGUAACUGAUCUUCAAGAGGACUUGUGCGACAAAAAAGGACUUAAGCCAACUUGUGCAUCAUUCCUGUUGUGAUGAUGGGCCUCGGAAAUAAUCUUUUUAAAAGAAAUAUGACACUAAUUCUGUACAAGUACAGACAGUUUCUCAAUCGUAUACAUGUAUGCACACCAGAAGUAUAAAUCAGAACACAAACAUGCAUCAUAAAUGCUAAUAACCGAGACCAAAAUAUAAUAUUAUUACAUGACGUGUUGACAGACUGUUACAAGUUUAUUCUGAGGUUUCUGUAAUUGUCAUUGUCUACAGACCUGCCCAUGCACUGGCUUUCUCUGCACUUAUCGCAUGUAUUAAUGCUUCAUGUUUCACCCUGAGAACACGACAAAACAGGGCAUUGUGUGAACUGUGGCUCUGUGAUGCUGUCACACAUUAAAUAAGCAUCAUCUCUAUGUGUGCUGAGCCUGUGAGCUCUUUUUUUUGGUGUAGGGAAUUUAAUUUCUCUGCCUAUCCUGUUACUCGCAUUCAGAUGACCUUGUGAUGAUCAGUUCAUGAUUCAUACUGAUUCUCCAUUGAAUCAGCAUAGCACUGAUAUGACGCAAAGGUUGUAUGAUCUACACUAAAGGAUGAUUGUUCUGUUCUACUCUGACCGUAAUGGUAAAAACAGACAUUUUAGAGAUUCUUGCCGUGUCACAUUCUCCACAGCUAUAAUAACCCUUUAGGACCAGACUUAUUGCUUGUGCACAGAUUUCAGCAUUCACCUUUGAUAAAUCUGGCCCUGAAAAUGAUUAUUCUGCACUGCUAUGCACUCUGAAUGUCAAUCUUUUUAAAUUUCAUACACCAGAGCUUCAUCUUACUAUUUGACAGAGCUCUACUGUUUUAUAGAUUUCUUUAUGCCAUUACAUUAGAUUCUCUUUUAUCUGUGGUUUUAAAUGUGGAUUAUGUAGAGAUAGACACAGAGGUGUAAAGUAUUCAAGUAUCUUUUACUUUACUCAAGUAUAUUUUUUCAAGUAUCUGUACUUUAUCAGUUUGUUUUUCUUUGGCAAACUCUAUUCCGAUGCGUAAUACUGCAAAUUUUCCAUAAAAACAAGUAUUUUUUACCUGCACUGAAAAAAAAUACUCAAUAAUUUUUUUAAGGUAAGUGGUCGCAAUCAAUUUAUUUAAGCUAUAUUUAAAUAAAUUUAUUGCAACCACUUACCUUAAAAAAAUUAACUAAAUUGAAUGAAUCAUUUUUUUCAGUGAAUACUUCACUUUUAUAUAAACUUUUACUUGAGAUAAAGUAAUUAAAGGCAUAGUUCACUCUCAUUUUUUGUAUACGUUUUUUUGUUCUGAUAAACACCAAGGAAGGUAUUUUGAGGAAUAUUUGUAACCAAACCAUUCAUGAGCCCCCUUCACUUCCAUAAUAUUAUUUUUUCUAUGGAAGUAAAUGGGGUUCAUGAUCGUUUUGGCUACAAACAUUUUUUAAAAUAUCUUCCUUCGUGUUCAUCAGAACGUAGACAUUUAUACAGGUUUGUAACAACAUGAGAGUGAGUAAAUGAUGACAGAAUUUUUAUUUAUGUAAGUACUAGAUUUUUGUGUAACUAGUAAAUUAAAAAUACACUGUAAAAAAUUAUUUCUUGCCUUAAUUUUUUUUGUUGAAUCAGCUCAGAUUUAUACAGAGACCCUAAGGGGACAUGGAGCAAAAAUUAAAUAAAGUUUAGUUUUGGGUGCGCACUAUUGCGUGCGCACGUGAAACUAUCGCAUGCGCACGUGAAACUAUCGAGUUUAGUUUUGUGUGUGCAUGCAAAACUAUCGCAUGCUCACGUGAAACUUUCCUGUGCGCAAGUGAAACUUUCGUUUUCACGUGCAUGCGAUAGUUUCACGUGCACGCGAUAGUUUCACGUGCAUGCGCGUGCACUCGCGAUAGUUUCACGUGAUUUUUUUAAAAGAUUUUUUUUACUUCAAUGUCACCUUAGGGGCUCGGUAGAUUUACAAGUCAUUUCAACUUACUAUUAUUUAUCUUGACUAGAGAUGAGUUGUUAUAACUACAAAUUAGUUCGUUGUUAUAACUUAUAAAAUAUAGUUGAAAAAAGCCAUCUUCAUUUUUUAAGUUGUAGCAACUCAUCUCUUGUCAUGAUAAUAAUAAUACGUUGAAAUGACUUGUAAAUCUGACUUGAUUCAACAAAAAAAUUAAGGCAGCAAUGAUUUUUUACAGUGUAAAAAUAUUUAAUGUGAAAUGUAGUGGAUAUUAUGCUUCAAAAUGUAUUGAAGUAACAGAAAAACUGAUAAAUGUACGUUAUAAUAAAGUAAAAAUACUCGAGUACUUUACACAUAAAAGUUGGAAAUCUCUGCCAGUUUGUUCUUUGGUAUGAUAUAUUUGGGAGAAGGAAGGGAAUGUAGCAUUUUUAUUAUUCAUAGUUCAUAAAGUCUAGGGGAAAUUGUAGCCAUAACACAAGUUUAUAUAAACAGACAUCUAGCUUCCUUAAUCUAUUUACCUUCACUCCAGAACCUCUACUUUCUUACAAAGUUAAUGUCUAGGGUUUUCAACCUUUUUUUACAUUUCACUUUUAUGUAUUUGAGACUUGUACCAUGUUGUUAGCUGUUUUUUUGACUGCUUUUCUCAACAACCAGAUGGUUUGCCAGUGUGCCUGUAGACUCCGGAGCUUAUCCUCACUAGAUCCGCCCCAGAGUCUACUGCUGUCUGUGGUGCUCUGCACUGUUACAUUCAUAAGCCUGGAGUCUCAGUCUGGCACAGAGCAUACUGUUCUCCAUAUGGAGUCAUAAUACGCCAAGAAGAUCAAGCAUGUGACACGAAAAAUGCAAAACACCCACAGUUUUCUUGAUACAAUGCUUUGCAUGCAUUUGACAUGAAUGCAUCUCUGGUUUUCAAACAUCACACACCUUUAGAUCUUCUAUGAAUGUCCUACAGAUGAGCCACUGGCCAUCAACUGGUUGAAUGGCACAUGGUUUCUCCGUCAUAAAAGUAUUGGAUAGAUGUGGUGUACACUAUAAUUCUGAAUGGAUAAAAGCUUUGAAGUUACAUUUCCUGUAUCACAUUUACAUUCACUCAGUAAUGUUUCAUGUACAAAAUCCCUUUAUGAGAUCAUGGAAAGAUGUCCAAAAAGCCAUGUGAGAAACACAGGAAAAAACAACGAAAUCAUUUGUGGUCUCCACACAACUGCUUUGGUGUCAAAACAUAAAUUGGCAGGAAACUCUCUGUGCAAAAUGUUGUAUUAGUGUUAACUAAAAAACAAAUGAAAAUCUUGUGAUUAUUUCACAUAUACUGCGAACGCUGUGAGAUCUCUGCUAAUGUUACACGUCCACCUGUAUGUUCUUAACACACACUGAAUGUGCAAAAUAAACGUGAUAGACAAGUGAA